AUGCGCCUUGUCAUUGACACUGAUGCGGGUGUCGACGAUGCCAUUGCCAUUCUCAUGGCACUACAUGCAUUUCCUGGCGAUCAAGUUGUAGGCAUCACCACUGUAUUUGGCAAUGUAGACUUGCACCAAGCAAAUCACAAUGUGGCGCACGUUCUUCAGGCUGCUGGUCGCUCCGACAUUCCUGUUUACAGUGGCGCGUCUAAGGCGAUUGUCGCUAGUGUUUCGGACGAAAAAUGGGCAGGUCACGGUCCCGAUGGUCUUGGAGGCGAGUCGGGUCCGGCAAAUGUUACUUUAAUGGAAGCGCGCCGCAAUGAAGCGGUUCACAUGCUUAUCGAUUUGGCUAACAGCUAUGCUGGAGAGUUAGUGGUCGCUGCAAUCGGUCCCCUUACCAACAUUGCACUUGCAAUACUGCUAGAUCCAAGUUUCAUGGUAAAAGUUAAGCAGCUCAUUGUUAUGGGUGGAUUGUCGCGCGGUGAGGGCAACCAAACUGAACACGCCGAGUUUAACGUAAGCUGCGACCCUGAGGCCACUGAGAUUGUCUACCGAAACUGUAGCGCUCACAAGCUGUACGUCGUGCCACUCGAAACGUGCUCAGACAAUGCUAUUCCGUGGGAUACCGUUGAUAAAAUCUUUCACGAAGAAGUAAAUUCUAAUGGUGAGUAUAUCAAGCGAAUUUGGAAAUAUACGCGAGAGUUUUGUAAACGCGAAGGAUUCUUUCCUUGUGAUGCUUAUGCCAUUGCCAUCCUUCUGCAUCCAGAGUACAUUAAGACUGCCUAUAAAUUGAAGGGCCAAAUUUAUUUAGCUCCCGAUGAGAAGCGCGGCGCCUGUAUUUGGGACAGCAAUUGUACGCCAGAUCAAGCGAACGUAACUCUCGUAACCGAAAUUGACACCCGUGUUUUUGAAGAUUUGCUCCACCACUUGGCAGCUUAA